ACCUACCUGUAUAUUGAAACCAAUGGGGACUCUCCCCGUGUCUCUCUGCAACCAAAGCUUCUCUCUUUUCUUUCUUUGUUUCUGAUAUGUCCAUUCUAGGAAUCUUCAAAUUUUAUCAUUUUCAUUGACCUUUUCAGCAAUAUUAAAAAUAAAUCAUUUUUUCUCUCUAAUAAAACAUUUCACUUUCUCGUUGCUAAAAUUUUAUCCUCUUCUCUUAGUCAUUAGUCUUUACGCAAUUACGCUGCUUCUUCUCUUUUUUUUUUUUUUUUCCCAAAAAGGAGCUGCCGUUUAUUUUCUAGGCUUCCAUUUGUCCAAUCUAUGAUGACGAUGCUCUUUCUUCGAUACUUCGUUCUUUGGUUUCUUGUUUAACCUUAAUUGUAUCGAAUUGUUUGGGUCAUCUCAGGUUGUUCAACUUGCCGUGUUCUUUUUUCUGAGUUCAAAAUCGUAAAUUUAUCUCUUCUUCACUAGAUUUAAGUGUUUCCCUUCGAUUCUUCUGAGGAUUUCUACUUGUGAUGGACGACGGGGAGCUUGAUUUUUCGAACCAAGAGGUGUUUUCCGGCAAUAACAUGGGUGAUAUUCCAAGCAGUUGCUCAAUGGACAGUUUUUUCAAUGAAUUACUCAAUGAUCAUCAUGCCUGUACCCAUACACACACUUGCAACCCACCUGGCCCUGAUAACUCUCAUACGCACACCUGUUUCCAUGUUCAUACCAAAAUUGUGCCUGCCUCAACUGAAGAUAAGGCUGCUAUUGAUGACACCGCUGGGUCUAGGGAGAAGAAAUCGAAGAAACGUCCGCUGGGAAACAAGGAAGCUGUUAGGAAGUACAGGGAGAAGGUUAAGGCACGAGCUGCCUCGUUGGAGGAUGAGGCUGCGAGAUUGAGGGCAGUGAACCAGCAGCUGUUGAAGAGAUUACAAGGUCAGGCUGCAUUGGAGGCUGAGAUUGCAAGGCUCAAGUGUUUGCUUGUAGAUAUUCGAGGAAGAAUUGAAGGGGAGAUUGGAUCGUUUCCUUAUCAGAAAUCAGCAACGAAUGUUAACAUGAUGAAUUUGCCUGGUUCUUAUGUGAUGAAUCCCUGCAAUGUGCAAUGCAAUGAUCAGAUGUAUUGCCUUCACCCUGGGACAGAAGGCAAAACAGGAGAAGCUGCAGCACUGAAUGGACAAGGAUUUAAUGGGUGUGAGUUAGACAAUAUUCAGUGUUUUGUGAAUCAAAACUCCGGAGCAAAAGAGCUUUCUACUGAUGGGGUGCGAAAUGCUGGGUCCAAUGGCAAUUCUUCUGGCACAAAAAGGAGGAAAGGCUUGGAAGUUCCAAUCCCAAAUUUAAAUCUUUUAGAGUGUUUGUGCAGCUACAGCAGAUUGAAGAACUGUUGAGAUAAACGUUAUCCAUAUUCUGGUGGGAUACAUAUUUGUCUUCCAACAAGCAGCUUUCUUGGGAUGCAUCACCUUCCCUCAGGUUGCAUUGCUUUUUUUAUUUUCUUUAUUAUUAUCUGUCCGUUAUUUUUUGUUUUUUUAGUCCUACUUAUGGGUUGUUAGAGGUGGUGGUCUUCUUAGUUUAUGGUUUAAAGCCAACAAACUUGUAAAGCUGAAACUUAUGGAUUUAUAGGUUGUAGUAUUUAAGAAUAGUGGCCAUCAGUCUGGUUGCUUGCCAAGCUAAACUCAAGUCAAUAAAAUGCCCUAUCCAGUCUUCGUACCGGCUAUGUAUGAGAUCCAUCAGUAAUUACCA